GGGGCUGGGAAGGCGGCGCCGGUGUGGCGGGGCUGGGGGACGCCAUGGCCUUGCGCUGGGGGUGGUGGUGGUGGCGGUGGAGGUGCGGAGCCUCCGCCCGCCGGGCGCCGCCGCCGCCGCCGCUGGGCUUCGUGCUGGGACCCGGCUCCCGGCCCCCGCCGCCGGCCCUCGGUGGGGCGAUGUGUCACUUUCCUCAAAGAAGCUCAGUAUUGUCAUUUCCAAAAAUAUGUAAUAUAUUUUGGCGGUUUCAUCAUACAAGUACAUACCAAAUGUGCAGCUGCAGUAAGACAGUUAGUGAUGAAAAAUACCAAGACCCUUUUCAACUUGGUAGAAAAGACUUGAAGAAUCUCUAUGAAGAUAUUAAAAAGGAAUUACUUGUAUCUACAGCAGAACUUAGGGAAAUGUGUGAAUAUUACUUUGAUGGGAAAGGAAAGGCCUUUCGACCAAUGAUUGUGGUGCUAAUGGCAAGAGCUUGCAACAUUCACCAUAGUAAUUCCAGGGAGGUGCAAGCAAGCCAACGCUCUGUGGCCAUAAUUGCAGAGAUGAUCCACACAGCUAGCCUAGUUCAUGAUGACGUUAUCGAUGAUGCAAAUUCUCGCAGAGGCAAAAUGACAGUCAAUCAAAUCUGGGGAGAGAGGAAGGCUGUUCUAGCUGGUGAUUUCAUCCUGUCAGCUGCUUCCCUAGCUUUAGCACGAAUUGGAAACACUACUAUCAUCUCUGUUCUAACUCAGGUGAUUGAAGAUCUGGUGCGUGGUGAAUUCCUCCAGCUGGGUUCCAAGGAAAAUGAGAACGAGAGAUUUGCUCACUACCUCGAGAAGACUUUUAAGAAGACUGCGAGUCUUAUAGCAAACAGUUGUAAAGCAGUUUCAAUUCUAGGCUGCCCUGAUCCCAAAGUUCACGAGAUUGCAUACCAGUAUGGAAAAAAUGUUGGCAUAGCUUUUCAGCUAAUAGACGAUGUGCUGGAUUUUACAUCAUGUGCUGACCGUCUAGGCAAACCAGCAGCAGCGGAUCUCAAGCUUGGAUUAGCCACAGGCCCUGUCUUGUUUGCUUGUCGGCAGGGACAGGUAUCUCACAAAAGACAAGAAAGUGAAGAUUAUCAGUCACUUAAGAAUGCAGACUUGCUGAGAACAUGCUGAGAACAGCCUCCUCCAAGUUCUGAGUUCCUCCCCACAGGCUAGUCUGGGGAAUUCGUGAACUUGUUCUUGAAUCAUCUUGUUCGUGAACUUGUUCUUGAAUCAUUAUUUCAGAAUUUGUUGAUAUGCGGCAGGAUGUUGUUAGUCAUCAACAACUGGAGUUGUCUAAAGGAACAGUGAGAGCCAGGUACUGAAAGUGGAUGCAGUUGUGUAGGGUUGUUUUUUAAGAUACCUGAAGGGAAAUAGGAGGACAUAGCACAAAGACUGAACAGGGUUUGGCAGAGAAUGGGUGACACUAAUUGUCUUGUGAAUGUUGAAUAUUCCACUUUUUUUUUAAUUAGAACUAUUCCUUUAUUCAUGUAUUUGGGUUGGUUGUUUGUCUCUGACUUGCAACCACCCCCUAUUCAUUUAGUUAGUUUGAUAAGAUAAAUAAUAAUAUGGAAAUGGCAACAAAAAAAUCCAUCAGUUUUAUUUUAAAAUCUUACUUGAACUUAGUAGGUCACUUUUAAAUGUUUUUAGUCAUUUUUUUUUUGAUAGAUGAGAAAUGGAAGCUUCCCAUUCAAGCUUUUAUUGAAAGGUAACUUGAUCAUCUUGCAUUAGAUAUAAGACUUCUUAGCUGAACAUUUCCUGCCAUUUUCAAGAAACUGGAAGAACAGCACUACAGACUUAAAUGAUAUAUAAACAAAGUAUAAGUGCUAAAAAAAAUCUGGAGCUUCAACAAAUGCUUCUCUGUGUUGCUACUAAAAGAUGUUUCAUCUAUUUUUAUCUGAGAAUAAAAAGUCCUGAGCCAAGGACUUGAAGACAGUCCAAAAUGUAAUUGUUAGUUACAGGCUGUCUUUUCUCUCAGAAUUAAUAUUACUGCUAUCCUACAUACCCUUUAAUUUAUCUGGUAAUCCUCAUGUUUUCUUCUUGACAACAAUACUUCAGUUUUUAAUGCUGUCUGGAUCUUAAGUGAUAGCCUUCUUUUCUUCUUGUCCUCUACCCUCUGUCUGAAAUACAUUUUUUUGCAUUGAAAUAUUGAGUGGCCUUUAAACAAAAUUGUUUAGCUUGACAUAAGACCUCUUCAUUUAGUAUUUUAAGCUCAUUCACAUUGUAAAAAAUAUCCUGAUCAUUUUUAAAGAAUUAUACUACUGUAUGCUAAUUCUAAAGUUACUCUUUAACUAGUACAGCUGAAGAAUGAGGGUUUAUUUUUAUUAUUAGCAUUGCUAUCAAGUGCUUAUGUACUACCCUUAAAAUCUGUACAACUAUUAAAAAUAGCUUUUCAUUACAGGUUUGGGUAUAUUCUUUGGAGCUUAAAUGUAAAAAGUGAAAGCAUGUACCUCCUGUAUCAUUGUAAAUAUGAAUAAUACGAACAUCACAAUUAACUUGUCAUUACACGGGAAGAAAGCUAGAAUCUAAAGAAAGCCAGGUAUGAGUCACCAGUAAACUUUUACACAUAUCUUGCAAGAUGACUACCUCUGACUAACAGAGAAAUGUCAUAACAACGAGGGAUGUUGCAUGUUUGUUCCCCAACAAGAAGUUUGUAGAUCUGUGGUUUCAGGCCCAAAGGUGUGUGUGCAGGGAAAGUAGAUCAUUGUUUAUGAGUGUACUGCAAUAUAUCUGUUUACUGGUAUCUGUAGUAACAACAACGGCAGGGAAAGGAGGCUCUACUUCAGUUUCUUUUUCACCUUAGCAUAGCCAGCAGCUACAUGGAGAACAACUCAU